CUCCACUCAUACCGUCUCAGCCAGGCCAACACACACAGAGAGAGGAGAGAGGGGAGCAGACCCGCCACCCACCCAUGCGCGCGCCCAUCCACCCACCAGAGGCAUGGGAACAUUCGCCUCACACCCAGCCAUUGUGCCAACAUCAGCAGCUCACCUACGCUACACCAGUCAGCAGGCUACAGGUAAUCUGCCUGUGUCUUGCUCUCACCGUCUAGGGGUCACGAGUGGCCAUCAGCCCAAUGCGCCCAUCAUAAACCCGUGUGUUGAUGGUGAAGCCGCCCACUCGAGUGCCGUUGGGGCACAGCUCACGAAUGGCGUCGUGAAGGCGGCCAUGCAUCGGCAGCAGCACCACCACACGCCUCAGGCCGCGGACACCGGCGGUGAGCAAAGUCGACAGGCCGCUGCGGAUGAACUCGGCAGCAGCAAGGGGCUCCAACUCAUCAGACACUGACGAAUGGCGGCACACAAACACAAACACACGAUGAGCCGACGAGCACCUCGCUUCACUCACUGCAGGCAUUCGCGGCAUACCUUACCUUCUAAGAACAUGCAUAUCUCUCCAAUCGAUGGCAGGCGACUCGACCCCCAGCCGUCAAAGACGCCGCCCUGCUUGAGACUGACCGCAUCUAACGCACCCACAUGGACAGUGCGCACCUCCCUCCCCGCCCCCAAUCCCUCCAGCACGCCGAUCCUGUCCUGUGCACUGACAGCUUCAUCAAACACCACCCACCCCACCUGUAUAGGCAUCUUCUCUGCCAGCAGCCGGCCCGUAGCAACGCUCAGACGGCUGUCGACACACAGCUCUCCCACCCUCGGAAACGGCUGCAGGUGGUUGAUGAUGGUCGGGACGGGUGAGGGGCUGCCGGGAGGGGGGACGAAGCCAUCGGCAUUGUGAACCGACACCCACUCCACCUUGUCGAAUGUGAGGCUCUGUGCGAUGUCGAUGGCCGCCUCGCUGGGGCUGUCGAGGGGAUGGGUGAUGUCAUGCUGGCUGAUGGUGUAGACCACCCUGGCCGCCUGCCGUGCCGCCUCCUUGAUGGCCGUCUUGAUGAAGGGCGAGGGGCGAGGGGGGAACAUGUCGGCGUAGAAUUCGGACAGCUCGAAGAACUCAUCGCAAACAGCGGUCACGGUGAGCGGCACGUCCGGCGAGGUGCAGUAGUCGUUGAUGAAGUCGUCGACAGCCAGCAGGGCAGAGAGGCUGUCACGUUUCUCGAAUGGUGGGAUCUCCACGUCGAGGCUCGUCAGCGACUUGUGGCAGCCACGCGAUGUGAGCACAUCCUAGAAAGAAGCAAAGAGAGAAUGACACCAUUCGUAUGUCUGCACAACAGGUGAGGCCUCCCCUGUGUGGUGAUUGCCUACCUGCAGCCGUCUCACUUUGUCUCCCUCGAUGCCCCCACUCGCGAUCCCUCCGAUGGUCUGUAGGUGUCUGAGCGGCCCUGGCUGCCCGGCGGAUGUGAUGGGGAAGUGCUCAAACACAGCCGCCCACCACUCCCAUGAACGCUGACGCCCCCCAACCUCUUUCAGCGACUGAGACGAGCUGAUGAAGCGGCCCAGCUGGUCGGCACCCCAGCCCCACAGCUCCACACGCUCGAGUGCGGGCAUCUUCCAGCCCCUGUCGGCCAGCUCACUGUGCACUCCGACGGCUCCUGUGACGGCCCUGAGGGCAUGGAGGGUCGGGGGCUCGGAGAGGGGGGCAGUGAUAGGGGGCCCUGUGAGGGGUAAUUGGUAGGUGGCAGUGGUGAAUUGGAUGGUCUCCAGACUGCCCUCCGCCAUGAGCCGCUGCCCCUCCUUCUCGCACGCCUCGCGUCGCCCGACCGCAUGGCCUCCACGACGUAUAUCAUGGUGUUCAGACACCACGACUGGUCGAGGAAUGGCUGCACGAGGGUGAGGGCCGUUAGGUUGAUGAGCCGCUUGCCGAGAUGGAAGGCCUCCUCAGCCAUCAUGCUCCCCCAGAACUGCAGGUCGUCCUCGUUGCUGCAGUCGAUGGCGAUGUGGGUCUGCUGGUGAAGGGCGGCCGUGUGGAUGGGGGAGGGGCUGCCCUGUGCGGCGCCGCCGGGUCGUUGCUGCUCAAAGGCCACACUGCCAGACAGGAUGACUCCAGUCGAGAAUGACGAUUAACUGAAUGAAGAUGACGCCGCCACACCUGGUCGAUUGACCAGGUGUGGUCGACCCACACACACAUGCAGCCAGCAGGAGAUUGACCCAUCCCUCCAUCCACUUAUCCAUGUGUGUGUUGUCAGCUGACGUCACUCACCUGUGCCGCCAGUGAUGCUACCGCUGAAAGGGUCGAACAUGCCAGCCGUCCCGGUGGCAGCCCCGCCCUGGCCAGGCAGACUCCCUCUGUCAGUGCCGCUGCUUUUCGACCCGACGUCGCCGACGAGAGAGCCACCUCCCGACGCUGCCGCCUCACCACAAAAAAGAUUGCCACCUCCUCCCCCCGUGGAUGCCUUGCCGAGCUCGAAUGGGCUGCUGAUGGGUGUGGUUGUCGAUUGUGCUGUGGAUGGUCCUUUGGCAGGCGCGAAGCUGCUGCCGCCGAAGAGGUCCGCUGGGGCUGCGGUGGUGGUGGUGGGGCUGGCGGUGAAGGAGGGCGAAGGUGCGCCACUUAGGCCGUUGAACACGUCGGUGCUUGGCUUGGGUGUGGGUAUGGCUGCGCCAAAUGUGGACAGCGACGAGGUGCCGCCGCCUGAUGACGCAGCUGCACUCGACAGGCUCCCCUCUCCCGCCGAUGUGCCAGACAGAGCUGAUACCGAUGGCGCACCCGGAAGUACCCCGUCGGCCGUGUCCUCGUUGGCCGCAGCUGUGGUCUCGCCCUUGAGGGGUCCGGGGGCGGCGCCCGCAAAGAGCGAACCGCCAGUGGUCGACGGCAUGGUGGAAGACGAUGUGAUGGCCGAGAGAGGGUGCUGCCGUGGCCGCCAAUCGAGGGAAGACGGCUGACAAGAAAAUGACAAAGGAGGCAGCGGUGGUUGCAUCGCUCUCGGCGUCCAUCUGCCCACUCACUGGCCAGAUUUGGUACGUGUCGGCUUCUGUCUGCGAGGCUUCUUGUCGGGGACCCCAUUCGUUCCAGGUUCGAACGAGGGGCUGUGGGAAGAUGGCCGACAGCUCGCGAGGGCUGAAGAAGCUCAACAGUGACGCCAGAAGGUCCCCGCCGAAGCGUUCAGGGGCCCGCACCAAAGACAGGACCAAGGGAGAUAGACAUGAGAGUGGCUGACAUCAUUCGUGUGUUGUGUGUGGCUGUGUGUGUACCUUCUUGCUAACGUCCCACACCUGCACACACAUCACACCACACACCAAAGCACCAAGCAUCACAAAGUGCUGUCCGGAACCUUUCUGUUGAGGCGUGUCUGUCUACCACGGGGGCCGUUUGGUACGUGUUCGUCGGCGCCGUGGUCUCGUUGUGCGGCACCACCACUUUGAACUCCUCCCGGUGUCCGCCCACCUCCCUCAUGUAAAGCACCGUCCGUCCACCGCGCUCCUCGAUGCGAUACACGUCGGCCUUGACCCACCUCUGCUUGCCCUUCUCCCGCUUGCUGGUCACCAUCUGCACACGACUGCCCUCUUUGUAACGACUACUCGCAGAGCGUCCCAUCGCCUGAUGAAUGAGACAAACAAACCACAAAGAAAUGCCCAAACAAAUGAACGAAUAAUUUGCACCUCACGGUGUGUGCCGUGCUCACUUCUGCUUGAGGCCGAACAGACGAAGAUGAAGCUGCUGCCGCCGCUGCCAUGGCGACACUCAAACACGGCUGACGAGAAGAGCACAGAGGUGUGUGUGUGUGCAUCUCUCUCGGCAUCUCUCUCGUCAUUCGUGUGCGGCUUACCGCCGAGAUCUGCCGAGCAGAAUUCUAUGAGCCGAGGCUUUUAUCGAGGAAGCUGACGUCCCCGGGGCACUCACGGAGUGCAAUUCGCCCGUACAACACUCUAAUCCAUUCAU